UUUGAGGGAAGAACAACCGACCGUUACAACGCCCUCUUAUAGUGUUUCAAAGAUGGAAAUUGGCGACGUGUUUGAGACAUCCAGCUCAGUUCUUCUUCAAACGACAAUAGCUUCUGCCUUGUCGGAACAAGACAAAUCAAAAGUUUCUAUCGAAAAUCAAAUAGACGUAGAAGUUGGCACCAACCAACCUGAAACCAACUUUCCCAAUGAAAACCAAAAUAAAGGCGAAAAAGACGAACAAAUGCCAGACUAUGUUAACGAACCAGAUCCAAACGAAUCCAGAGUUUUUGUUCCAACCAAGUCUAAAAAUGAAAUGUUCAGAUCAACUUCAAAAGAUUUAAUAAGAAAUGCGAACUCAAAUGAAGAUUCGGAGAACAGGUCAGCAACUGUGGGUCCAAAAAUUGCACUGGGUAGAAACUGCGACUCGAAUUGGACUUCUUGGACCGAAUGUCUUCCCGAUAGUUUUUGUGGACCCGGGCACAAAAACAGAAGUCGAACUGAUGAGUCGUGUGAGUUGAAGACCGAGAUUGAACCCUGCUCGGCUAACCCGUGUUUGAAAAUAUCCGACGUGGAAUACGGGGCUGCUUUGAGUUUCUGCUCCAAAUCUUGCGGAGGGGGGUCCCAAUUGAAGACUGCCGCUUGUCUCCAGAUGGAUAUAGGCGCAUACGCCAGAGACCUGAAAAACAGCCAGAGCGUAUCAGAUCCGCCUGAGGUGAAGUACUUUGAAGUUGAUCAGAAAGUAUGUGUUUUGAACGGGGUUGCCAAUUCGAGCGAGUUUUAUUCGAAACAAGCCACAUGUUGCGAGCAUCGAUGCAAUUUUGAUAAAGGUGAAACCUUUGGUCGAUUGUCGAAUAAAGCUGUGACGAUGACUUAUGAAAGCGACCCCACUCGAGACACAGUUUUCACUAAACAACAUGGACAGCAAUUCUGCUUAAACCACAUUGCUAUAAUCGACCUCGAAAUUCCACAACUAGCAAACUAUCUCUGCAAUCACAUUGGAAAAAACGGCGGAAGUUCAAAUCCAAGUUUGGUGUUUGAAAAAGAUAGAGGCGUGCCUGUUGAAUGUACAUGCUCAGGAGGGUUCAUCGACCUUCUAGUCUAUCGAAAACAAUCCAAUUCUGAAGGUCAAAUGGGAUCAUCAGACGAAGUCGAAAUUGCGUGGACAACUGCUCUUAGAUUUGGAAAUGCGCAACAAUUUGUAUCACUGCAAUGUUAAUUUGAACAAUUGUUUACAUAAACCGAAAAUGU